UGACACGUUUUACUGUGGACAAAUUGAUACGAAUGUUCCAUAUUGCAUGUACAUUUGUACAAGUGAGAAAGGUUUAGUUUAUGAAUCUCUAGUGAGGUACCUACCUACAGUUUUAUGUUUUGGUUGGAGUUGUGCUAUGAGUUUUUUGACGCGGUGGCAGAAAGGUUUUGGUAAUGAAGAGAUACAUCCAACUGCGGUUUGUUCUAAUUCUAGUCAUUAUCCUAAUCAUAAUUUUCGCCGUUCAAGAUUACCACACGCUACGAAAGAAUGAUCGCAAGUACAUCCUCUACUGGACCCCAUUUUGGUGGCACGAAGACUUUGAAGUUGGAUUUGGAGAUGAGCCCUUCGAAAAUUGCGAGUAUACAAAUUGUUUUGCAACGAACAACAGGAAUUUUAUGGAAAUUAGCGAAUUCGACGCUGUAAUAUUCCACGCGUCGAUUUACGAUCCAAAGAUCCAUGGUAAACCACCAAGAAGAACGGCAAACCAGGCUUACAUCUUCUGCAACAUGGAAGCACCGGUUUAUAUCGCGCCCAAUUUCUCACAAUAUGACUCGUUCUACAAUUGGACGAUGACUUACCGGUUUGACUCCGACAUUGUGUCACGCCAUGGUCAAUUCGUCGAAGAGGAAUCCAACUACACCUUGCCCUCGGUAGCAGUGAUCCAGAAGAAAGCUAAACUAAUCGCGUGGUUCGUCAGCCAUUGCAAAACGUCAAGUCAGCGGGAAGUUUUAGUGGCAGAACUCCAACGGUUCCUACCCGUCGACGUUUACGGACUUUGUGGCCCGCUGGCGUGCGAAAAGACCCAACGCAACGAGCUCUCCUCGCCGAAGUGCUACGACAUGCUCGAAGAAGACUACAAGUUCUACCUAUCGUUCGAGAACUCACUGUGCAAAGACUACUCGACCGAAAAACUGUACAACGCCCUCCGGAAGAACGUGGUGCCAAUAGUUUACGGCGCCGGAGACUACAACAUGAGCGCUCCCCCUGGCUCGGUGAUCAACGUGGCCGAUUUUGAAACUGUGGAACAGCUCGCCGAUCACUUGUGGUACUUGCACGAAAACGCAACGGCGUAUCUCGAGUAUUUCCAUUGGAAGAAGAGGUAUAAAAUUGCGAAGGUGCAAAAGGCCUGCGAAAUCUGUAGGAAACUAAACCUUCCUCAGAGGACGUCGAUUUAUCAUAACUUACUGGAAUGGUCUAAGGGGACGAGGGGAGAAAUUUGUAAAAUAGGUUCUGAUUUGCCCAAUAUUUUGAGAAAUGCGCUGUAGUUUUGAAUAGUUUUUUUACUAAAAUAACCAGUUUUACCAAAUCGUCAUGUGUGCUUCAUAUCUAGUGAGUCCCACCAAAACUUGUGUGUCUUACCUACCCUUGACGCCCUUAUCCUUAAGUUCGUGAA